GCCGCGGCCGAGGCCGCCGCGGCCGAGGUCCCCGCGGCCGCUCCAGCACCCGCCUGUGCGCGCGGGGCAGGCGGCGGCGCGGGCAGCCCGGGGCCUGGGCGGGCAGCAUGGACGACGAGGAGGAGACGUACCGGCUGUGGAAGAUCCGCAAAACCAUCAUGCAGCUCUGCCACGACCGCGGGUACCUGGUGACCCAGGACGAGCUGGACCAGACGCUGGAGGAGUUCAAGGCCCAGUUCGGGGACAAGCCCAGCGAGGGCCGCCCCCGCCGCACCGACCUGACCGUGCUGGUGGCUCACAACGACGACCCCACCGACCAGAUGUUCGUCUUCUUCCCCGAGGAGCCCAAGGUGGGGAUCAAAACGAUCAAGAUGUACUGCCAGCGCAUGCAGGAGGAGAACAUCACCCGGGCCCUGAUCGUGGUGCAGCAGGGAAUGACCCCCUCGGCCAAGCAGUCCCUGGUGGACAUGGCUCCCAAAUACAUCCUGGAGCAGUUCCUGCAGCAGGAGCUUCUGAUCAACAUCACUGAGCACGAGGUGAGCGGGGUGGGGGGUUGUGUCCAGCCGUGUGAGGGGCUGGUCCCUGUCCCUGGCUCAUCUGGGCCUCUCCUGUGUUUGCAGCUGGUCCCAGAGCACGUUGUCAUGACCAAGGAGGAGGUGACAGAGCUGCUGGCCCGAUACAAGCUGAGGGAGAACCAGCUGCCCCGGAUCCAGGCCGGGGACCCCGUGGCCCGGUACUUCGGGAUAAAGCGCGGCCAGGUGGUGAAGAUCAUCAGGCCGAGCGAGACGGCGGGGCGGUACAUCACCUACAGGCUGGUGCAGUGACCCCAGGGGGUGUGAGGAGUUGUGUGACACCUGCCAGUCUCCCCUCCCAGCAGCAGUUUCACAGGCACUUGGACCUUCCUGCCCUUCCAGAGGUGGCUGAGGAAAUCCUCCUCCCACGUUGCCUCUGCAGUCCUGUCACUGGGCCUCACUCCCUGUUUUCCAGCUUGGACUUUGCUGUAACUCCUCAGUCCCAUCCAGGACUCAGCCAUGGAGUCCUGAAAGUGGGAAAGGCCUUUGAUUCCCUGUUUUAUGGGCUCUUGUUUGCAAUAAAGGUUUGUACCCUCA